AUGCUGCCUCUUUCUUUCUUGCUUUUUUUCUUCUGUCUUUGGGAAUCUUUGUCUUUGCGGUUUUUAUUUUGUCCACUCUUUCCUUCUUUCUUUGUUUCUUUCUUUCUUUAUUUCUGUUGCUGUAACUACCAUGACUGUCAUUAUAUAUUUUUUCUUCUAUUUGCGAUAUGUUUUAAUUUUCAUCCUUUCUUUCUUUUUCUUUUUCUUUCUUUCGGUCUGUUUUUUGGUUCUUUUUUUCUUUCUCCAUUUGAGCAUAUUAUUUCUGUGGAUUUUCUACUACAUGCAUUUUUCCUAUUUCUUCUAUUAUUUCUUUCUUCAUUAAUUCAUUUUAACAUUCUUUACUUCUUCCUUCUUUCUUUCGUUCUUUCUUUCACCGAUUGCAUUUUUCUUUCUAUUUCUUUCUAUCUUCGCCAUCUUUUGUUGCUUUCACUGAGAAAAUUCUCUUUUUUUCUCGUAAUCUGUUUCUCUCCGCGUUUUUUUUAA